AUGCCCACUUUGUACCCCUCAAAUGAUCAUACACCGUCAGGCAUGUCUACCUCACUCCGACGCACAGGAUCGGUGACUAGAAGCAGGAGUGGGAUGACACCGUCCGUAGCUUCAAAGAGAGGUUCAGCUUUUCUCAACGCUUCUUCCACAACGUUGGAAUUUGGCAGUAUCUCACCAGGAGUAGAAGGGGAUUUGAUGAAUGAGACAGCAGGACUCAAGAAAGUGGUAGAAGGGUUGAACAAGACCAAUACAAGUUUGCGAAAUCGAAUAACAGAUUUGGAAAAGCUUAUCGAACACAACACCGGUCCUGAAGUCGAAAGAUUGAAUAAGGAAUUGGCGAUGUUGGAGGAUCUGUUUGCAAAAAGUCAGAAGGAUAACGAAGCUCAGUAUGCUGAGAGUGAAAGACAAAAAGCCUACGUUAAAGAGUUGGAGAACCUGUUGACGACGAGCUUAGGAAUGGACUGGCAGGAAUCACACAACAUCUAUCCACCUGCACCUACCACAGCCAUAGUGACAUCAUCUACGCCCCUUCCACCACCCAAACCUACUCACCCAUUACGACAUUCCGUAUCAUUCUCCAGUAAACGCUCAUCAAGCAAAUUACACAAACGUGCAAACUCAGUGAUGGAUUUGGAUUUGAUGAGUCUUCAAGCUGUCAAAGAGGAUGAUAUGGGUGUGGACGAUACUCCAUCAGGUGCACUGAGGAAGUUGAGUGGGUCGACUUCUGCUAAAGCGAAUGAAAAUGAGGACAAGAACAAAGAGAAGAGACGGCAUCUUCUUUCUCAUACACCUGAACCCAAAUUAAGCACUCUUACCACCUCUCAAAAGAACCUACGAUCGCCUUCGACAAGCAAACCAAAAGAUCAAUCUAAUGUCGAUGCUGUGCACACUGUCAUUCGUCUCCAACAACCGGAUGGAGCGAAUACCAAUAGAUCCGGACCUACUUCUAUACCUCCAGAAGUAGACAUCAAACAACUGAAUAAGGUACUUCAUCUUUUAUCGAGCCUCGAUCCAACGACAAUCAUCAACGGUCUUCCAAGAGCUCAGUCACAAUCUCCAGGCGCACAAGCAUCUUUGCACUCAACGCAUUCAUCACAAGAGAGGGAUAUGUUCAACUCCAUGUGUAGAAUGCUAGAAAGUCAGCAGCAGAUCCUUUCCGAUAGGGAAACGAGGUUGAAUUCCAUUAUCCAGAUGGCAAAAGAGAAGGAGGAAAGAUAUGCCAUGACCACUUAG